AUUAUUUAACUUUACAGUGUGUUCUCCAAGUCGGCGCGCGCUUCAGUGGAGAGAAACAGAGCACGUGCAUCUCACGUUCAUUCAACAGGGUUUUCACGCCCUUGAAGCAUGACCAAAGACAGAGCAGUCUUCACGACCGUCCGUGAACCUGGCCAGGAGGUUAGAGCGCCAAGGAGCAGUACAUUUUCACUCACGUCAUGCAGAAGAAAAUCAAUAAGAAGUCACCUGAAGGCAAAGCUAUCAGCGUGUGGAAAUCGCAGGGCGAAAGCGAACGACAGGGAAAGGCAUCGCAUGCACAACUUAAAUUCCGCCCUUGACGCACUGAGGAGAGUGCUUCCCACUUUCCCCGACGACGCCAAGCUAACAAAAAUAGAGACCUUAAGAUUCGCGCACAAUUAUAUCUGGGCACUGACGGAAACGCUCAGAAUUACCGAGCACGUGGGACACACACCGGGUCUGGAUAUUAAUGAUGAACAUCCGCAUGCAUCCAGCUCCGUCACUUUCCACUGCAGCUCAGCAAGCAGCUCUUCAGCCAGCUGGACCGGAGCGCAGACUUACUACACAGAUCUGCUACUGGAAGAAUUUGACUGCACUUUUAUAAAACAUCUGACAUUUGGAUGUGAUCAAGAUGAUGAAUUUAUGAGUAAAGGAUUUGACCGUUUUUCACACCCACAGAGCUCUAGCAUUAGUAGCUGCUCUUUGUGAAGCACUAAUGAUUUGAUGGGAAUUUAUCAGUGAACGUUUGUGCUGCACUGGUUCCAAGAGGCGUAAUAUUCCGUGUCUUGUGUUUAUUCUUGUAAUAUAUAAUUCCACCACAAAUGAACGAAAAUAUUGCGUGAGACAACAUACCCCUCCAAAAAUAUUUUGUACACAUUUUGCAAGGAUUAUCAGUGUAUACAUUUUAUGUCCACAUUACAAUAAAUUUUGAGGUGAAACAAGAAUGCUUUAGUUUGUUAUUUGACGUAGGGGGACGUUUUACUUCCUGUGCCCAUUACAUACUGUGUACACAG